UUUUAGCCGAACCGUAUAUACGCGUUUCUUUCCGAAAACCCAACCCAAUUCACAACCUACAGCUGCUCAAACCCUUUUCUUAUUUCCCGUCUUCCCGAUCCAAAUUCCAUUCCAUAUCUCUAUCGAGGAUCGACCAUUUGCUGGAAUUGCCGCUGAAUCGCUGUCCAGUGUCCACACCGAGAAGACGCCGGCGAUUUCCCAGUUCCUCUUCGGUUGAUACCAGCAGCGACCGGCCUUUGGUUGUUACUCUUCCUCUUCUGUCUGAUCACUUAGCCGGCGAUUCCCUCUCCCUCUUCCUCUUCGGUCUGAUCACAGCAACAUACCUGAGUCAUGGUUAGAAAGAAGGAUCCACUUUGGGUACAUGCUACUGACAUGAAUGGUAAAUUUGAAUGCAAGUGUGCAACACAUGGGAUUCAAUUGCUUUUUAAAGAUAUAUAUGACCAAGUUCCCUGGGUUCAAAGUGUUGUUGAUAAUGCUAAAUCUAUUCAGGCAUAUAUGUAUCGCCAUACUAUUAUUACUGCUUUGAUGAGAAAAGUUACAAAUGGACGCGAAUUGAAAAAGCCAUGUGCGACUAGAUUCGCUUCUAAUUUUCUUGUGGUGCAGUCUUCGCUUGGUCUUGAGAAUGAAUUACGUUUGUUUGUGGCAUCUCCAGAAUGGAGAGAUUUGUCCUAUUCUAAGUCACGAGAGGCUAUUAGUGUGACUGAACUCAUCCAAAGUGAUGCCUUUUGGUCUGAAGCAAAAGAAUUGAUACAAGCUUUAGAACCACUAGUUCGUGUUCUUCGCUUAGUUGAUGGUGAAGGUUCUACUUCUGGAUAUUUAUACCAAUCAAUGGAGUUGGCCAAGGAUGAGCUCAAGAAAAGGGUUGAAAAAAGUAGUGACAAAUAUGAGAAAAUGUUGUCAUUAUUUGAUACGAGAAGGAAAGAUAAUAUCAUUGAUCCUAUUCAUGCAUUUAUCGCUACUCUCGACCCAUUAUUCCUUAGUAACACAAACUUUAAGCAAACUGUGGAGAUGAAAAAAGGUAUGUUUUCUUUGCUUGAAAAAGUUAUACAGCCUGUUGACAGGAAGGAGUUUAUAAAGCAAUAUCGAGAUUAUACUAUGAAGCCUUCCUCUCUAUUCAAUGAUGCCACAUACAACAUGAUGACGGCAUAUCAUCCUCGUAUUUGGUGGGAAUUUUGUGGUGACUCUCAACCAGUACUUCAAAAAUAUGCCAUUCGUCUUUUGAGUCAGCCUUGUAGUUCAUCUGCAUGUGAGCGUAACUGGAGUGCCUUUGAAGCUACUCAAACAAAGAAAAGGAAUCGACUCACCCCAGGCAUGCUAGGUCUUCUUGUGUACUGUAGGAUGAACACACUCAUGAUGCAAAAUGCUGAGGAAAAGAUGAUUAAAGAUUCCAAUCCAAUUGAUUUGAGCAAGUUGAGAGAAUGGCCUGAUUAUGGAGAGGUAGAGUCAUACUCUCAUAUUCUUAAUGGUAAUGAAAACAAUGAGGCUUGUGAGAAUUCAAUGGAAGAUCCUAACAUUGACAAUGGUAUGGAUGAUGCUGGACUUCUAGAAUUUUGUGAGACUUAUGUCAAUGAUGAUGAUGAUGAUGUUUUUGCUGAUUUUGGUAUUUUAGAAUAAUUUUGUAGUUGCUCUAGAUUUUCUAUCCUACUUUUCAUUUUGAACAUUUGUUGGAUUAAGACUUUAUUUUUUAUUGACAUAAAGAUUGUAUGCUCGCACUUUACUGUUUUGGAUUAUAAAGUUAAAUUUCGUACUAACAACUAAAAAAUAAAACUUUAUUAUUAAUUUUUUUGUGAAUAAAUAUGUGCAUAGUAU